AUGCUAAGUGAGUUUUAUUUUUGGAAAUGUUUAGAAUUAUUGAAAAUAAAACAUAAAUAAUUUUAGAAAUGAGUUUGAAUGGGCUCCUCCAGUUCGAAUUGUUGCAAUUUGGACGCUUUUUUGUCGCAACUCUUGAUGUUUUUGCAGAUUUAUUGAUAUGUAACUAGUAAGUUGUUUUUAAAUAAUCAUUGAGAAUUCAUCUCUUUAAAAAAAUCCCUCUGAAAAAUUAAAUUUUUUUCAGUCUUCGUGACAAAUUCGAGAUAUUUUCUGAAGAAGGCGGCUCUCAUCUUGUGUAUGGGUAUUUCUUUUUCACUGCAGUUAGCUUGAUUGUAUAUGUGUUCGAAAUGAUUGAUAUAUGUAAAACUUUGAAAUAUGAUGAGGAAAAUCUAUUUUAUGCCAGACUUGUCAAAUCACUUAUUCUGGUUUGUGAAGAGGUAAAUUUUUUACUAAAAGUAUAAAAAAAUAUCUGAAGUAUGAAAAAAUGAAGCCAUCAGAAAACAAGCAAUUUUCUUUUCGUCUGAUGGACAAUGUGUGAUAAAUCGCUUAACAUAAACUGCUGUUUGAAAAACAAACAACAUUUCGAAUGUCGAAACAGCACAGUGGAAAAAGAGAAAACAACACAAAAGAAUGUGGGUUGUGACAAGUGUGAUAAUUCUUGAUUUCUGAACCUUUGAAGAAAAAUAGAAAGCACAUUUGUGCUAAUGAAAUUUGAUAAUGUACUAAAAAUGUGAAAAAAAAUGGAUGUUGUAAUUGAGAAAAGUGAGCAUGUUGGAAAAACAACAGUGUCUGUUGCGAAAUCAAAAGAUUUGUCUAGAUAGAGAUGAAGCCUGAAGUAUAUACUUCAUUAUAAAUUGUGGGAUCUAAUAAAUCAAAAACGAAAAUGUUGAAACGUUACGGUUUGUAAUGUCUCACCUAAUUUUAACUUCACAUUUUUCCAAUUUUGGUAUAAAAAGUGAAAUUUUUCGACUAAUUUCUUUCACGAUUAAAUAAAAUUACAAAUUAUACCACAAAAAUUAAUGUUUUUCGUUUUCUCCCAGAUCAUCUCGAAACAUUGUUAUCUUUGAUUGAUCAACAAAAGUGUACAGAUAACAUCAAAAUCCAUAUGCUUUUCGAGCUCUUCUUUUUCUUCAUCCUUCCUCAAUACACAUUUAUCAUUGCAGCACCAAACAAUUUGUUAUAAAUUGUCAACGUUUUCUUUCUCUCAUUUUCUGCACCGACACAAAACAAAACUCUAUUAUCCAGGUUCAUACCACAACAACGCGAACUCAAAAUUACAUCCUAAAAAUACAAAAACAAAAAACAAUUGCUUUGUUUAAGGUUAAAAUGAGUUGAUUUCAGGUGCCACUUCCUCUCAUUUUAUACAAUCUGAUGGAUUAUAGAGGUGGAAUAACGUUAGCACACUCAUUCGGACUUUUAUCAAUGAUAAAAAUCGUCACAUUGGCAUGGGGAUUUAUCAAAUUCAUAAAAAUGCGAUUUUUCUGGCCAUGUUUGCCAUUAAAUCCAAAACACGAGACAAGGUUUUUUCAAAUACUCAUCAAUAUUUUUCUGACUUUAUGUUUAAUAUUUUCAGAGAAAACGUGCGACGCUGUUUUACUCUCACACAAUAUCGAAUCAGUAUGGUUAUUGUGAAUAUUUUCCACGUCAUCGCACUUACUUUAUGUAUUUUAUGUGUGAAAAAGGCUCGUGGAAUUCAAACUCUCGGAAGUGGUGGUACAAAUUAA